UGUUGCACUACUGUCAAUUGAUCAUUAGAGGGCAGUAUUGCAUUCAUUCACAAAAUAUACGUCAUAUCCGUCCAACUGUCAUGGAAGGGAAGAUGGCGGGUGCUUUGAAAGAAAAUCAACUCGCCCUAAAUGUUUACACCGCUCUACAGGCGGCGUCGUGUCCGUUGGUGGAGGGACUGUUUCUCCGCGAGCCUGCCAGUAUGCUGGAUCUUCUGUGCACGCCCUCCCAGCAUCGCACCGAUAUCCUCACCUGGAUUUGUACCACCAUCAGUCCAUCUUUGAGUAAGAGGCUCUCCUCCAUAAGGACUAGAGACCCAGACACCCUGAACCAAGAGCUGGCUGGGUUUGGGCAUGAGAUGAUGUUGUGUGAAAUAAAUGACCUGGACUUGAUCAAGGGUAGCGUGUGCCCCCUGCGGCAGCUGCAGUUCCUGGAGCAGCUCCUAACUUUGGUCCCAGGCUGCGUGGGGCCUGCUGGAGACAGCCUCCUGAGAGAGCUGUUUAACCCAGAGGCUCAGUCCUGCCUCACACACAUCCUCCAGCCCUCCCUCAACCCCUGGCCUGUGGACAUCAGGGCUCCUAGGAAAGGUCAGAGGUCAGUACCCAGCAUGCCAAGGGCUAGGACUGAUGAUGUCACAGCCCUCCUCCAGUCCACCCAGACUGCCCUUGAGCAACUACAGGCAGAGUGUGAGUUCCUGCGUGGCGAGGCUCAGCGUCCCAGCGUGUUCUCUGAGUGUGCGCUGCGUGUGGCGCUGUGUGACCUGCUGCAGCUCAUGGCUGCGUUUAGCCGUGUGUACGAUGCUGACCUCAGGCCCUACUGCAGCAGAGCGCCGCCCAGCCCCAGCACACACACACACACCUUCAGCAGAGUACACCAGCUGCUGCUGACCUGCAGCACGGAGCUGGGAGUGUUGCAGCAGGUAUCUGAGGUGUGUGAGUGUGUGGUGGAGACUGUGAGGGACGUCGACACAGGAGCUCUGCACUGGAGACAUGGAGAGAAGCACCCCCUCUCGGUCCAGUUGGAGGCUCUGUCCGGUAGAUACAGAGACUUCCUGCAUCAUCAGAGACUUCCUGCAUCAUCCGAGACUUCCUGCAUCAUCAGAGACUUCCUGCAUCAUCAGGACCCUCCAGCCAGGACCCAGAGCUGCUCUGCUCUGACCCCCCAGCCAGGACCCAGAGCUGCUCUGCUCUGACCCUCCAGCCAGGACCCAGAGCUGCUCUGCUCUGACCCUCCAGCCAGGACCCAGAGCUGCUCUGCUCUGACCCUCCAGCCAGGACCCAGAGCUGCUCUGCUCUGACCCUCCAGCCAGGACCCAGAGCUGCUCUGCUCUGACCCUCCAGCCAGGACCCAGAGCUGCUCUGCUCUGACCCCCCAGCCAGGACCCAGAGCUGCUCUGCUCUGACCCCCCAGCCAGGACCCAGAGCUGCUCUGCUCUGACCCUCCAGCCAGGACCCAGAGCUGCUCUGCUCUCACACUGAAAGGCCAUCAAAACAUGUUUUAAUGUCACACUUUUACAGUUGGUAAAACUAUUAAAAAAGUUAUGAAUUUAAUUCAGAUGUAUUCAUAGGCUUGUGAGCAACGUGUAUAAAUUUGUUUAAAUUACAACUUUUAUUUACUGUAAUUGUGUUCUUUGUCAAUAUAAAUUCUGACUGGAGUUUCACAAAUA